AUGCUUGAAAAAUAUCUUCUGGAGGUGGAGCUGGAAUACAGCUGUGAGUGCGGAGGAAAGUCAUCAGGCCAGACUUUGACCUUUGCAUCCCUGCCAAAAACAUUUAUCAUACAUCUUAAGCGUUUUUGCUACACUCCAUCCUUCAACCUGCAGAAAAUCUAUGACCCUGUGCAGAUACAGAGGGACAUAGUUGUGUCAUCUAAAAUGGGUGGUGGCUGUUUCAGUCUGGUCAGCGCCAUCAGUCAUUCAGGCAGUAUUGAAGAAGGACACUACAUCUGUGACAGCAUCGACCCAGAAGACUGUCCACUGGAGCCAACUGACCACUGGCUUACCUUCAAUGACUCAAUGGUCCUUAAAACAUCUGGCUGGGACGUUUGCAAGAAAAGGCAGGAGCUGGCGUACAUCCUUUUUUAUCGGAGACAUGUAAGAAAACGUUAUCACGUCCUAAACUGUGAGAAAGAGAGAUGUCUGGUAGUAAGGAGCAGACAGGAAAAUGGACAGAGAGAGGGGAACGGCAUGAAGAAGGACUCCAGCCCGAACUCAGACCUGGUUGAACUGCAAUGA